AUGCUGAAUGACACGUGGGUGCUGGCGGACCUUGAUGGAACACUUCUCACUACCCCGCACAAGGCAAAUGGACAAUACCAAUCACUGGAUAAAAGCCCAUGCUUCCACGUCAUCAGGCGGUGGCUUCUCAAUGGAGGCAACCUAUGCAUUGUGACGACAGCUGACAAGCGCGUCUUUGAUCAGGUGUAUGUUCCUCUUCACUCUAUUCUAAAGGAUGCUGAUGGUCGGAAUGGCAGUGGAGAGUUAUUAAUAAGUCUUUACACUGGUGCGCUGCUGUACCGUUGCACAGCAAAUGGUGUGGAGGUAGUUCGCGAGUACACCAGGGCAGCACACUGCGUCAAGCAUGAGACGGUGAAGUUUGCUCAAUUGUACGGCCUGCCACUGAGCCAUUUAUCCGUGCCGGAGGUUGGUCUUGAUGGCACGACCAGACCGGUGGUGACGGCGUGCAUGCAGGGAACAUGUUUCUCCAUGGAUACAUGUCGCGCUCUGCUAGCGCAGCUGGAGGAAAUCUUUAUUACUCUUGCGGAAAAGACGUUAGGAGGUGACUCUGUUUUUCUUGCGGCGCUUGCUUGCUUAUCGGCGCGCUAUAAAGAGAUGUGGCGUUUGCUGCUAGGCUACCUCGAGGCACAGUACCGAAGUCACGGGCUGCCGCCAGCGAGUGCGGUCGAAGUUGUGGCGUGGAAGUGUGAUUUUCUGCGGAGACGACGGCGGUUACUUACGGAUUUAGGCAUUAUUCGUAUUGAGUUUGCGGAAUCAUCGGCAAUAACGUUGGCAGAAAUGGAAUGUAACGCGAGUGAUGAGAAAAUGCAGCUAACAUUGGCGUCUGUGUUGCGAUUCCGCGACGACGACUCUGAGGGCUCGCGCACGUUUUUGAAGAAGAUGACACUCCUGCUUGCUCCUGGGGCGCGGCAUUCCCACGGUGACUACGCUCAAUGUUGUGGUCGCAGUCCGCAAAGAAAUGGUGAUGUGGCGCAGGUGAUUUUUCUUGGUCUUCCUAUUCGACUUUUCACGCGCCUCUUUCAAUCCCACCUUGAGGCCUUCGCCUGUCUCGGAGUGACGGCGAUAGCACAGCCAAACAGUGUUGUUUUUUCAAAGAUAGGCGUGUCCAAGUCUACGGUUAUUCGCUACCUUCUCAAUCAACCGCGCAUUAAUGGCCAUGAUGAAUGCCCGCGACGGAAACACAGCGACAAUGGCAUUGUCGCUGUGUGGAGUGGUGAACAUCGCGAGAGCUGUUGCACUCGGCGACAAUCCCCACACUGUAGAUUACGAGUUAACUGUUUUCCCACAGUUGCCGUUUGUUUCUGUGGAAAUAGCUGCAAAACGGCGUCGGCGUCAUGCGCGUAUUUGUGA